AUGAUUUACAAUGCCAAGUUGAGCAAUUCUAGUCUAGCACCGGCAAAACUAAGAGAACACUUCCUUAAGCUGCAUGGAGAUGGAAAAUACAAGAACACAACGCUCGCUGAAUUCAAGGUGAGGAGAGCCAGAUUCAAUGAAAAGGCUAGUCUGCCUGUUCUCGGCUUUGUACCCAUCAACAAACCGAUCCUCAUAGCAUCGUACGAAGUUGCUUACCUGAUCGCAAAGCAGGGCAAACCCCACACCAUUGGUGAAACACUCAUAAAACCAGCUGUGUUGAAGAUGGCGAAUAUCAUGCUGGGAAAAGCGGCUGAAGUUAAGUUAUCCCAAAUUCCUCUUUCAAAUGACACCAUCAGCGACAGAAUAGAGGACAUGAGCAAAGAGAUCUUGGCUCAAAUAGUUGCAGAUCUGAUUUCAAGCCCGGCAAAAUUCAGCCUUCAACUUGACGAGACCACAGACGUCUCCAAUCUAAGCCAGCUUGCAGUAUUCGUGCGCUAUGUGAAAGACGACGUGAUAAAGGAAGAGUUUUUAUUUUGUAAGCCUCUUACAACAACAACUAAGGCAGCCGAUGUGAAGAAACUUGUGGAUGACUUCUUCAAAGACAACAAUCUUUCGUGGGAUAUGGUUUCUGCAGUUUGUUCGGAUGGAGCUCCAGCCAUGCUGGGAAGAAAGUCUGGUUUUGGUGCGCUAGUGAAAGCCGAUGCACCACACAUCAUUGUUACGCAUUGUAUUCUGCAUAGGCAUGCAUUGGCAACAAAAACCUUGCCUCCAAAACUGGCAGAAGUAUUAAAAAUUGUAGUGGAAUGUGUGAACUAUGUGCGAAAUAGUGCUCUGAGGCACCGCAUCUUCAGGGAGCUGUGUAAAGAAAUGGGAUCUGAAUUUGAGGUACUUCUGUACCAUUCCAACGUUCGGUGGUUAUCCCGGGGACAGGUGUUGAAUCGUGUUUUUGCCGUGCGUGUGGAAUUAGCCCUGUUUUUGCAAGAGCACCAACAUGCAGAUUGCUUCAAAGAUUCUGAGUUCAUUCUCAUUUUAGCGUACAUGACUGAUAUCUUUGCAGCUCUAAAUCAUCUCAAUCAACAGAUGCAGGGCAGUGGCGUCAACAUCAUCGAAGUGGAAGAAAACCUGAAGGCUUUUCAAAAAAAGCUACCGUUAUGGAAACGACGAAUAGAGAACGAUAACUUCGCAAAUUUCCCCUGCUAG